AGUAAUGUGUAACCGUUGAGGAAUGUGUUUAAUUUUCACAAUUUUCUUGUUGAAUACUACAAAUAAAGGCAUAUAUCUGAUGUGCAUCCAAUAAACAGGUACAAGAACAUUUAUAUGAGGUGUCUUCUUUAUUAUUUGAUUCGUCAGAAGCAAGACUGCAACCGCCCGGCAUGGCAGCACGCCAAACUAGACCUCCCCCACAGAGGAGUGUGUUCAAGCCGAGUGGAGGUCGCGACCCGGCAAUAGCCGACAUGUCUAAAGAGGAGAAGGAAGAGAUGCUGAACAGGAAGAUGGAGGAGAUCAAGAGAAAGAAUGAAGCCAUCAAAAAACGUUAUGAGGAGGUUGAGGCAGAUAAGCGAUAUGCCGAGGAACUGAUGAAACAGCAAGGUCCGGUUGAGGGAGAGGAGGAACCCACCAAGCGGUCGCCCUCUGCCAGGAAGGAAAUGAAGGGUCAAAUCAACGAGGAGAGGAAGAAAAGGCCCCUGUCAAUGGAUGUGACUGAAGCCAAACCUUCAAGGAUGUCAACUGGCAGGGGAAGGAAGCUGGAAAGGAUGGCCAAGGAGAAACUGAGGGCACCAGAGGUUGGUGCUAUGAGACAAAAUGAGGAACCCCAACUACGUCAGGAGCCUGUGCGCCGCAAGGAAAGGCCUAAAAGCGAAGGCUGGUUUGAUCAGGAGAAGAUCCAACAAGCGGGUCAUCAGUAUGAGCGAUCUAAUUCCGGUCAGCAGUAUGACCAUUCAAACUCUGACAGAUCAAAUCAGAGACAUGACCGUGGUGCUGAGAAUAGGUCUGAUCGGUCUAAUCCUAGAAAUGAGCCAGGCUCUGGUCGCAUUGGGUUUGAUCGCGCGAAUUCUAGGAAUGAGCCCGGGUCUGGCCGCAUCAAUAAUUCUCGGAAUGAGCCUGGCUCGGGUCGUGUCGACAGGUCGAACUCGCGGAAUAAUGAUCAUCGGCAUGAAAGACGGAAUGCAGGGAUGAGGAAUGAUCAGGAGGGUGCUGAUAAUCAAGCCAGGCAUGAUCCUCGAAGGAACGAUAGAGAGUUCCAUAGUUCACCACAAGACCGUCCUGGCCCUCCACACCAGAGAGGUGGCAUCCGUGAGCAAGAAUCCGAACAAAAUCCAGAUGGCCCUCCUCCUGAUCCGACCUUCAACUUUUUGGCAGACAGGAGCCGGGAUCCAUCCAAGGCAGAAUCGCGUGACGUUACAAGGAGACAUCCUGGGAAUUUUGGUGGAGUUAGUUUUGGAAAUGUUCGGAAACAAAUCCAGCAUGAGAAACAAAGGCUUGGAAGAGGUGGCAGUCGUGGUCCCCCGCAAUCCAAACUUGAGCUAACCAUGAGAAUGACUGGGAAGGAACGCGCCCAGUACCUGGACUGGAAGAGAGAGCGCCAUGAGAUCGACGAAAAUAGGAUCAGACGGCAGCAGGACCAGGAGGGGGAGUGGCGCAGGGAGUGGGACCAUGACAAGCUCGAGCAGCAGGGUAGGAAGACGGAGCCAGCUCGACGACCAGGUCCACCUGCAAGUACUAGUACACCCAGGGGCACAGUAUCAAAUCGUGGCAGAGGUCGGGGUCGUGGCGGUAACCAAGGCGGUCCUUCCAAUCGCACUCGAGGCUUCUCGUCUGGGAGUGAUGAUGGAUCCAGAUCAGUGGCUAAUCAAGACGACAACCUUGUCAUCAAAAUCGAAAAUGAAUUUUUUGCACAUCAUAAAAAGUCUGGUGGACAAUCAUCUGGUGACUUGAAGUCGCCAGGAUCUGGGAUGCCGCCGAGUCCAGGGUUCAGGUCCGAGCCCAGGUCAGCUAAUCAGCGGACGUCUCCUGGUGAGAGGACCAGACCUGUUCCUGCUCGUGGCCCAUCCGGGAGAACAUCUGCUCCCAAGGGCCGAGGCGUAGCUCUGAAAGCAAGGUCUGAAAAGCAACGAGGUUCACCGGGGGGAAUUGUUGCCAGGGGUGCUCAGCCAAACUCUGAUGACACUGUUAUAAAAGUAUUAACAUUUGAAGACAAUCUAACUCAUCCUCAGCCGAAAAGAAAUAAUCAGAAACGUGACCGAGGCCAACAGAAAAACACACAGAGGACUAGUUCUCAGAAAGACUCACCGCAAAGUGUGAGGGAGUCUGGACCUGUGGAGGAGUCCAAGUCUGCCAGAGAGUUAACACCUGAGCAGAAACGAAUGCCUCUGCAGCAGAGACGAUUUUCUCCUGAGCAAACCCGUGAUGUUCGACACGUGUCACCACGGCCUGAGAGAGAGAAGAUACCUGAAGAAACGAGAGAAGUGACCGAAGCUGACUCGAAUGGUGUCAAGACCCCUGCGGGUGCUGCCACCUCCAGGGAGAAGGAGGAAGGAACCCCUGACUUAUAUGGAGUUCACAUGGACGAGGAGGAACUGCAAUCUUAUCAGACAUACCUUGCCGAAUGCCGGGAAAAGGGCGAUAAAUUCCUCGCGGAAUAUGAAGAAGACUUUGAGGAGAUAGAUUACGAUCAGUACCGUUUGAAACUAGAUGUGGACUUGUGUGGGGUUGUGCCAGUGUCGGUGGCCAGUCCGAUGAGUGAUGUGAGUGGGGAGAGCUUGAGUCCAUUUAUGCUCAAGACGCCCACGGGACAUGUUAAAGUCAUUGACUGGGCUGCAGAGAUGGAUAAUACGUAUCAGGACUCCCGAAGUAGUGGUGCAUUUGAAAGUUUGAACUCGACAAAUUCCUUUGCUGAAGAUGCGGGGGAAAGUGCUAAGGGGGAUGAUGAGGGAGGCCAGGAGGGGGAUGUACAUGAUGAUGCGGUACAGGUAGGGGAUGGUGAGGAUAAUGGGGUACAUAGUGGGGAUGAUGAUGGGGAAGAUGAUGGAGAUGAUGAUGAGGCUCAGGAGGCCCAAUAUGAUGAAGAAGUUGAAUGUGAUGAAACGGCUGGUGGAGAACUUGACGCGGGGGUCUUGUAUGACGGUCUGGAGGGGGGUGAAUAUUAUGUUGAUGAGGAGGAUGAAGAGGGGGCUGAGGAUGGUGAUGAUGAAUUUGAAGAUGCCGUGGAUGAUGAUGAGGAGGAAUUCUAUGAAAAUGGUGAGGGUGAGGUGGAUGAAGCAGGCGAGGCGAAAAAAGUUCCGGAGGAGACUAUCUCAGUGGUUACGAACGAAACCACACCUGUUGUAGAACAAUCGGAAGGAUUACGAGAUGGUUCUCAGCAGCAGGAGGAAUUACAUCUGCGUCCUUCAGAGCUGCAAGAGACAGUCAGUGAUGCAGCUGAUGUCGGCUCUGCAGGCCAGCCUGAACCACAAAAGUCUGCCACUGAAGAGGAUGUUCCUGACGAGGCCGAUGCCUACCCAGAUUGUGAUCAGCCUGAAGACCCACCCAUGAUGGAUGCACCUAUUGAGAGUAUUGCCACAGGAGCAGCUGUGCCAAGCUCAGAAGAAUCAAAGCCAAAAACAGAAGAAUCCAUCUCGGAAAAGGAAGUGGAGAUGAAUCCAACAGCAGAAGAAAAAGAAAAGACAGAAUGAGUGCUCCUCACAUGUUCAUUAGCCCGGUGCAGUUCUGCCACUCAUGUCAAACAACAGGCAGUGUCUUCCACUCAUAUCAAACGUUGCAACAGAUUGCUGGGCAAAAAAAGGGUAUCAGGAACAAAAUGCUGAAGACGGUGCAAGUUAUGGAAGACUGAGGGUAUUUUUGAUUGCAGUUUAUUUUGACAUGUUGUAUGCGGGCAGUGUAUGUUGAAACAGUUUUGACUCGCAAAAGGAUUUGGUGCUGAUUUGAAUUUGUUGUCUUCUGCAGAGCUUUGUUUAGCCUCAAAUUAAUCUCAUGGGCAUGAUACAGUUGGUACUGAGAGGCUCAAUUUUCCCACUUUGAUCAAUGUAAUUAAACAGAGUAUUCUUGAUUGACUUAACUCUUAUUCGUGUUGAUGCCAGUUUCGGACCUUGUUAUUCCAUUUUUCAAGGUAAAAAUUUAAUACCUUUGGUGUAUCAGUCCUUAGACUGGCCACGUAAUUAAAAAUUAUCAUGCGUGCAGUUUCAAGUGGUGGAAGGCCAAGGUGAAUUAGAAUGUGGUUUUGAAAGAAGAAUGCGUCACUAGAAAUAUUUCGCCAGGGCAUUUAGUGUUUUAGUAAAUUAUUGCUGACUAGAUGCUUGUACCGGUUACAGUAAUGCAUUUAUUGGCUGGACAAUCAAGCUUCUAAUGGCAUUUGGUUUGCACAGGUUAAUAAUACUGAGGGUUGUAUUUAGAUUGCCUGGAGAGGGGGGCAGACAGGUUCUGCUACUGACAACCUAGCUACUUACUAACUGAAAUUGUGUACUCUUUUUUUUGUGAUGCCCCUGAUAUAUUUAUUCACAAAUUGAACAGCUCAUAGAAGUUGAUUAAACUGAAAAACUUUCUUUUUCAUACUUUUGGUUGGCACUUUAAUUAUCUUUGAUUAUAAAUUGAAGCAAAUGGUGGUGCUGAAGCAAUGUUUACUUGAAAUUGUCACGUAAAUUCAAAGAUUAGGUGUCAUUACUAGAUUUGAUAGCAGCAUUCUGUGUAAAUAUGGUGUUGUAAAAGUUCUCGCUGAAAUGAAAAUAAUCCUUGCAAACUGAUUUUACCAUAAUGCUGGUGUGCUGACCCAUUGAAAUGGUCAUCGUUCACAUUUUGCUUGCAAGUCGAGGAUGAAUUGUAUUUGUUACAUUCUUCAAAUAUUUUCCAUCUAUACUUUUUCGAGGAAUUCAUAUUCUAUGAGGCCACACCAAUUUAAUGCCUUGGAUAGCAGGAGAGGAGGCAGAUUUUUUUUUAUCACAGCCCUCUUGACUUUUGUUGAUCAAAUUUUUACAUCAUUGCCUUGGUCUCAUCACAGAUGAUUCGUUGCCAUCAGUUGUAUUAAGUUGACAAGUGAAACCCCAGCAAGACCAAGGUCUUUCUUUAUUUAUGUCAACAGGUGGCAUCUGAUGCUGGUCGUUGGUCGGUGGUUUGGGGAAAUGGGUUAAUAUUCAUAGGUGGGCCAGAUGAAGUUAUCAACUUGGUGUGGCCUGAGAAAUCAGACAACUGAAAUAAGAGGAAGGACUGAUUCUGAUUCGGCAUAGAUUAAACCAUUUCUCAAAACAUCAUGGUUCCCUGAUCACAAAGUCGUACUUCCACCUAUCAAAUCCCCGUGUCUUUUGCGCUUACACCUAUAAAUUGCCGUGUCUAAAUAGACCCGUGUGUCAAAUCCCCGUGUCAAUUAGCCCCAUCGAGCUCGAUGGGGCUAAUCGGGGGCUAAUUUAGACCCGUGUUCAACACGGGUUUUUUGAUAGGUGGAAUCUGAAUAGACACGGCAAUUGCAAGUUCUAAGAUCCGGCGACAGAUGGCGCGGUGUAGUUGCCUCGGUAUUGGGCAUGCGAAAUUCCCCUCCAAUGGGAAAGAAACACAGGAGAGCUCCCUACCUACAGCGCACCUGUUGCCGGGGCUAUUAACCAUUAUCUAACACCACUGAUAGGUGUAAGUGCGCCCCGGGUUUUUUGACACACGGCGAAGACACGGGUCUUGAAAAAACACGGGGUUUUAUGAUAGGUGGAACUACGACUUAUCAAAAUAUGUAAGGUCAGGAUAUUGGAAGAUAUUUGCAAUUUGUGGCCGAUAAUUUCACCACCAAGUUUUAUUCAUGUCUGAUGUUUCCAAAAAAAGAAAACAGUGUUGUGCAUUUUCAGUUCAUUAAUCAUGAGACUUUGGUGCUGAAACGUUGUUGUAUAAAACAGAUGCUCAAGGGAAUCAAAAAUGUUGAAUAUUAUCGAACAGAUUGUUACACUACGCCAUGGGUUCCUUCAGAUUUAGCCUAUAUGUAUGUCAUAAUUGUAUUGUAUUUAGUGUAUUCAAGUCACUGGUUUACUUUUCAAUCAAGAGAAGCAAAAUUUUAGGCAAAUUCUUAAAAAACACAGCCAUGAAAUUCUUUUCUGCUCUGGCAUUCCUUGUACACUUCCGUUAUCGAUGGCAUUAUUGGCAUCUAUCUGAAAUUUGCUUGGUUCUUCAAUUAUUUGCAGAUGGAUAUGACUCUGUUUGCAGGAAGGGUACGCGUCACAUUCGAUACAUCGAAUCACGAAGCAUACAUGGAGAGUCUCUUUUCCCUGUUCGCCGCAGUAAAUGAAUUUCCUGUCCAGCUGUGAAGGUUAAAAUAUCAUGCACGUAACUUUUGAAAGAUUUAAAAUAUUUUGUCAAGAUAUUAAAUAACAUCCAGUAUAAUUUAUUAUCUUUAUGAGUAACAUCCUUAACUUAUUGUGUGUAUGUCAUGCUAAAGUUUUACUAGUAUCCUGUUAAAGGGACAGUAUAGGCCGCAGAUAGGCAGGCAAGAUAAAGUUACAAAAGUCGUCAAUAGGGGUCUCUCACAUCUCACAGUAUGUCGAAAUGAUUCAAACUUGCACGAGGAAUAUAUUCAGUGCUGAAUCUGACAUGAUCCAGGGCACUUACUGUGUAUAUUAGUAACCUGAAGAUGGCCAAAUUAACCCCUCUGCUCCUGCCUAUAGUCCCCAUUUAAGGUUGCAUUGAGAUGCAUAUGCUAUAAUACAGUUUGUAUAGAAAACAGAAGACUUUGUGAAAAUGUGUGACAAGCACCACACAAUAUGACAUAACGAAACAAUUACAGCAGAAAGUUUGAUAAUUCUAUACUUGGUACCACGCCAUAGUUCUACCUUUUGCAGCAUGUAGAUAUACAGUUUUUAAUUGUUGCAUAAGAUAUCAGUCAAAACAUGCAUGAUGCACUUUAGAGGAGGAUAACCUCAAGAUAAUGCUGGGCCGGCUCUUAUGAUUGUUACAGGUGGCCUGUGAAGGUGGGCCUUAUCUUAACUUGAGACACCCCUCCUGUGAAUGGGGGAAAUAUGUAUCACGUAAAAGGUAUGUACUGGUAACUGCAAUGGGUAAAUGCUUGGCAGUUUCUGGGGGAACAGUUGAUGGAAACUCUGCAAUGACAUCCAAGGGACUGAAAGUAAAAUGUGUCCCAAUGAGGAACCUGCAGAACUAAAAAUCCAGAUGGCAGCACCAGUACUAAAAGGUACACUUCUGGUGCAUUUUCCAUUAAAAUUAAGUUUUGUUGAUUUUUCUCCCUGAGACUCAUCAAAAUAGAAUUAAGGACCAAUGAAACAACAUUUUUGGUACUACAUGUAUUUUCCCAUGUCGAGUAAUUAAGGGAUGAAAUAUUCAAUAAUCAUCGACGCCAGAAAUUGCUUUCUCAUUACAACCAUGAUCCACUUGCCUGCAGGGCCCCCUAUUGGCAGGUUCUGUUGUGCAGGUUCCUCAUUACAGAGGUCUAAUGGAAAAGACAGUGUCCUCCUCGCAGAGGUGUCCUCCUCGCAGAGGUGUUCCCUGAAGGAUGUACUGUAUGUACAUUUACCUAUAUGUAAAGGUGAAUUUAUUUAUGAUUGCUCAUCUACCCUCUAUUGAUGGUCGGACUCUUAUCUUGUUGUGCUUGGUCAAAGAGUCCAUAAUAUGUUAACUUUUAUUGUACAUUUUAGCCAUAUUUUAUAUAUUCUGGAUUGUUUAUUGGAUUUUACUAAUGAAUCUGUGUUGUAUUCACUUUUACAUCAUUUACAUUUAUGGAUGGUAAGUUAUUCUUGAGGGAUUGAAAUGAGUCAAAGCAUUCUGAUGUUCCUAUCCUAAGCUUUGACCUACAGUGGCCUGGCUUAUAAUUGCUUGGAUGCUGGCGUGAGGUAAGAUGGGAUGGGGCUGGUUUAGGAGUGCUUGGCAAAUUAGGUAAGCCAUUUUAAGGAUGGAGUUUUGGCAUUAUGAUGCCUCAAGGGGUUGGCCAUUGGCACCACCAUUUUGUGUCAUUCAAACUUACCUAUGGAACACUUUUGCAUGUUACUCCAUUUGGGCUCAAACA